CAGUUUUCCGAGUCCGGUCUUCACUGCCUUGAGCCUAACUGUUCAAAAUGGACUCUUUCCUCAUUUGCUGAGAAGUAUUAUGCCCCAUUCUUGUUAAAGCCAAAAAUAAAGGUUGCGGUCAUAUUUGUUUUCCUGGCCUUGCUUAGCAUCAGCCUAUAUGGCACCACCCGGGUUCGAGAUGGUCUGGAUCUUACAGAUAUUGUUCCUCGAGAAACUCAGGAGUUUGAUUUCAUUGCAGCACAGUUUAAGUAUUUUUCAUUCUACAACAUGUAUGUGGUGACCCAGAAAGCAGACUAUCCUCGUUCCCAGCACUUGCUUUAUGAUCUGCACAAGAACUUUGCCAAUGUCAAGUAUGUUCUCUUGGAGGGCAACAAACAGCUUCCCAAAAUGUGGCUGCAUUAUUUUAGAGAUUGGCUACAAGGGUUACAAGAUACGUUUGACAGUGAAUGGGAGGCUGGGAAAAUAACAUAUAACAACAAUUAUAAGAAUGGUUCUGAUGAUGCAGUACUUGCCUACAAACUUUUGAUACAAACCGGAAACCCUGAUAAACCAAUUGAUCUAAGUCGGUUGACUAAACAGCGCCUGGUGGAUGCAGAUGGGAUCAUUCAUCCAAAUGCUUUCUACAUCUAUUUAACAGCCUGGGUGAGUAAUGACCCUGUAGCCUAUGCUGCUUCCCAGGCCAACAUCCGCCCUCAUCCACCAGAGUGGAUCCAUGACAAAGCCGACUACAUGCCUGAAACCAGGACAAUCCGUGCAGCUGAGCCAAUAGAGUAUGCCCAGUUUCCUUUCUACCUCAAUGGCCUUCGAGAGACUUCAGACUUUGUGGAAGCUAUAGAGAAAGUGAGAGCCAUUUGCAACAAUUAUACCAGCCUGGGAGUGUCAAAUUAUCCUAACGGCUACCCAUUCCUCUUUUGGGAACAAUAUAUUGGUCUACGCCAUUGGCUCCUCUUGUCCAUCAGCGUGGUCUUGGCCUGUACAUUCCUGGUGUGUGCCCUUUUCCUGCUGAACCCCUGGACUGCUGGAAUCAUUGUUAUGGUACUGGCCCUUAUGACGGUGGAGCUGUUUGGGAUGAUGGGUCUUAUUGGCAUUAAGCUGAGUGCUGUGCCUGUGGUGAUCCUCGUAGCCUCAGUAGGCAUUGGUGUCGAAUUUACAGUCCAUGUGGCCUUGGCUUUUCUCACAGCCAUUGGUGAUAAGAACCGGAGGGCAGUUUUGGCUUUGGAACACAUGUUCGCACCAGUGCUGGAUGGAGCGGUCUCAACUCUCCUGGGGGUCCUUAUGUUAGCUGGCUCCGAGUUUGACUUCAUUGUCAGGUAA